AGUUCAGUGGCAAACAGGCUCAUGAGCUGAGAAGAAGUUUUUUCAAGAAGGUUUUUUUUACCAGGGCAAAAUGGAAGUAUACAAACAUCCAUUGUUUUUUGAAGCAAGAGACAUGACUAACAAGGAAAAGGAGAAGGUGACAAGAUACUUUCAGAUAAGAAGAGAGUGUGGAGGAGGUGAAUGUGGAGUGAUACAGAAACUUCCAGGAAACAGAUAUGUAAUCCGUUUCAAGGACAAAGAAGACCAGGAAAGGGUUUUGCAGAGACAGUUUCACACCAUCUCUCUUCCUGAUGGAGAAAUUCGACUGACUGUGAGUCGGAUCAAUCCAACAGAAACACCGGAUCAACCAAAGACCAGUCAGACACAGACUUUCACAAAAACAAACACGAAAAGCCUUGAGAAGAUUUACUAUUUGGAUGUUUUCCUCCUGUACUAUAUGAGAGACAAUCCCAAAGCUUUCACAUAUUUCCAAAAAGAACUCUCCUUAAUCGACUGUGAGAUGGAAUUAAAGUGUGAUGAAGAGAAGGCUGUGGUGAGGGGAGAUGUGGAUAAAGGCCCUGGAGGAGCCUUCGGAGGUGUUGCAGAGAAAUGGGAGCAGCAGGUGGACCAGGUCAUCAUCAACAUCACCGAGAAUUACGUCUGCCAUCAUGUACUGGAGGCAAAACACGUUCAGGUGUUACUGCAGGAUCUGUCCUUUGUGAAUGAAGACAUCAAGGUGUACACAAACAGUGGAUAUCCUGUGAUUGUGGGGAAAGCAGAGGCAGUGAAAAAAAGGGUCGCAAUCCUGACAAAGAGUCUGCUGAGCCGAAAGGAAAAGCCAAUUACAGAGAAUCAGCUAAAACUGAUAGAGCAAGAGUUCUGCCGUGAAUUGCGUGCACACUAUCCAGAUGUUCAGUACAGCAGAGGUAAAGGCAUCAUCAUCCUGGAAGGCCUGGAAGAUGAGGUGCAGUCUGGAGCCACAAAGCUCGAUGAACUCAUUGGCCAAAUCAAGGAAAGGAAGCUUCAGUUCCCAACACCUUUACUGAACUUUAUCAAUUUCAGUGGCGCCAUUUCCAAAUACCAAGCUGGCUUCCAGCAGAGCUUUAGAAAUCCUGUCUCUAUAGAGAUGAGGCUGGACCUGGUUCUGUCCAGCCUGUCCACUGAUGCUUUGGACGAGGUCCAGGCAGCGCUGGUGAAAGAUCUGAAUGUGUCCACCAUCCAGCUGCAGGGACCUGCAGCAGUUUCUCCACAUCUGGACAAACUGAAAGACAUCCUGAAUCAAGCCCAGAGGAAAGCAAACUGUGACGAGCUCAGAGUGGAGGUCAGCUUCAUCCCGGGAAUCAAUGGAGCCAACAAAGUACAACUUGUGGGCUACAGUGCAAAUGUGCUUCAGUUUAAAGACAUUAUUCAAGACUAUCAGCUGAAUGAAGUUAUGAGUCAGGACACAGUGAACCUGUCGAAUCCUGAAUUCGCUGAUUGUUUCGAUAAAAUCUUAGACCUGACCGGUAUCAAGUCACCCAACGUGACUUUUAAAGUCUCUCGUUUACCAAAUCCUUGUGUGAUCCUGUCUGGUCCUCAUUGCAAAGUUCAAGAAGCCAAGCAGGCUUUACUUUCAGCUUUGGCUUCUCUGACGUCACACACGUUGGUUCUGGAAGACUCAGGAGCUCAGCGAUACUAUCAGACAACUGGUAAAGACAGCAAGGAGCUGGUAGAGCACUCCUUCAGGAUUAUUAUCAGGGAGCAGCAAUGUGCAUCCCCUUCAGAUGUAAAAAGCAAACAAAGAAGCUCCCAAAGCCACAUGACUCUCCUCUCAAGACUUCCAGUUUCCACUCACAAUGUGAGUUCUCCCAUCAAGAAAGCCAACGUUGCCAUCAAGCUUGGUUCUUUGGAAGAUGAGCAGGUGAAUGUUCUGGUCGUCCCCAUGGUCAACAAACAGCUGACUUCCACACAGAUUGGUGAAUGCCUUCUGAAGAAAGCUGGGAACGCACUGAAAUCAAACUUCGACUCUCUGGCGUUGAACCGCAGCUUCGCUCCUGGAGACAUUUUGCAGGUUGACGGUCCUCCAUCGCUGGGCUGCUCAAAGAUCUUCUUCAUUGAGUGUUUACCUUGGGAUGGAGCCAGAGGGGCGAGUGUCCAGGCUCUUGGUAAAGGACUCAGACAGUGCUUGGAUCUAUGUACUCAGCAGGGCUUGUGUUCAUUAGCUUUUCCUGUUAUCGGGCCUGGAAAAUUGCUAAAAUAUCCUCCCAGUGAAGCCGUUCAAGUGCUCACUGAUGCUGUUUGUGGGUUUGGAUCAUCUGCAUCGUCCAGUUCGCUCUCCACCAUCCACAUCAUCAUCAAACCCGGUGAUCCUGACUCAGACGAGCUCUACCGUGACCUCUACCAACACCUGAGCAUGAGCCAAGGAGGGGAAGAGAUCUUCAGAUCCCUCACCAGUGACCUGGAUGAAAUUACCAUCAAGUUGGGAGGCGGAGUUAAACUGCAGAUGGUUUUUGGGGACAUAACUGACGAGACGACAGAUCUUGUGGUGAACACAACAGACUUCACAAAUUUUGACCCCGAUGGUGUGUGCAAGUCUAUCUUUGCUGUCGCUGGACCAGAGGUACAGGAAGAACUGAAAGCAGCGAGAAGAAACUCAGAAAGCAUGGUUUCCACUAAGCCGGGACGGUUCCCCUGCAGAGCCAUUUUACACGUGUGUGGACAGAAGUCCACCAGCCAUAUUGAAAAGCUCAGUCAACUGAUCAUCAAAAGCUGCGAAACAAACCACUACAAAUCUGUAGCAAUCCCUGCAAUCUGUGCUGGAACCGGCGGGCUGCAGCCUGGACUCGUGGCAGGAGCAAUCCUGCGAGGGAUCAAGAACGCCACGACUUCCACCAACCUUCACACCCUGCGCGAUAUCCGCAUCAUCCUGUACAAGAUGGAUGUGUUCCUGGCAUUUCAGGAGGAAGCCAUGCAGAUGUUUUCCUCUGCUGCGUACUGUACAGGUGCCCUGCCUGAAGCACAGCAACAACAGCCUCGGCUGUCAGCGAGCGCAGACCUCAGCAUCCUCAGCAACAGUCCUGCAAGUCAGUCUGCCUUUCUGUUCCUGGGUCUCAGCAGGAAGAGCGUUGAGGACGCCAUGGCGAAGCUGAAAGAUCUGUAUCAGAACCAGUGCUCCACUCACACCUUCAGAAAAGAGGAGCUGGACAGUCUCGUGCAGGACGACGUGACAGAGCUGAUGCAGCUGAUCAACACUCAGGGACUGUACAUAAAACAUGACCAGUCAGGUAACUUAUCUGUGAGCGGCCUAAAAGAUGGCGUCACCCAGGCGGUGAUUACAUUCAAUGCAAUUCUCCACGGUAACCUCAGGAGAGAGGUGAGAAUCAAGGAGGAAGAGGAACUGUACACCCGUGUGGUUUGGUGCAUCAUGAGCCACAAUGGUCUCUGGGAGAGACUUCCCAAAACUGCAAAUUACAGUUUGGAAAAACAAGACAUUGCAAGGGGAAUAGUGGAUGCACAUGGAGUCACAUGGAUGGUAGAUCUAAACAGCAUGGAGGCCACAAACCUCAUGGUCGCAGAGCCCAGGAAGCUCAAACGACUGGAGAACCUGCCAGACUUCACCAUGCCUCUGUACUGGGACAGCAUGGCCCCCGGGGAGAACGUGAAGGUGGUGGCAGUGCCGCCUUCCUCUGCAGAGUACCGAGCUUUGAAGAGUGCCUUCAGAAAAAUUGAGAGCAAGACUGUCAUGAAAAUUGAGCGUUUGCAGAACAUCCAUCUGCGUCGCGCCUACGAAGUCCAGAAGAAGCACAUUUCAGAGAAGAACAAGCAGGAGGGGGGAGCGAGGGAAAAACUUCUGUAUCACGGGACCACCAAGGACAGCUGCGACUCCAUCACGAAAACUGGCUUUAAUCGUCGUUUCUAUGGACAAAAUGGAACUGCAUAUGGUGCUGGUGUUUACUUUGCCGUCAAUGCAUCUUACUCAGCGAAUCCGCGCUACUCCAAGCCAGCUGCUGACAACUCUCAGGUCAUGUUCGUGGCUCGAGUGCUGACCGGCAUCUACACUCAGGGCAACAGCAGCAUGAACGUCCCUCCUCCUCGAGACAGCCAGCGGCCCCAUGACCGCUUCGACAGCGUGGUGGAUAAAGUGGACAAUCCCCAGAUGUACAUUGUGUUUCACGACAAUCAGUCUUACCCAGACUAUCUCAUCACCUUCAAAUGAGGGGGAAAUAAAACAGCUGGUGUCCCUCUGUAGGGCCACAUUGUAACAUAAUCUCAGGGUAUCAUUUGCAGGUAGUUCUUGUAGUUUAGUUAGAAAGUGUGCCUACCGAAGCCAUACUUUAAAGAAGAAUUAUUGUCUGUGUAUUAUUUACUGUCUAUAGUCACAAUCAACGUGGUGUGAUGCUCAUCGCCUUGACAAACAAAUGAAUCAAUAAAAUUGCAACAAUCUUUCAAAUAAACUGCCUUUUUCAACUGUAAUCAGAAAAUUAAAUGAGCACAAAUUAGGACAAAUAUUCCUUAUUAGUAUAAAUAAUAAAAGAAAAAUAGUCAAAGGGUUUAAAAUAAAAAUACAUAAAAACAAAAAGUAAAAGUGAACUAGAAAAUUCCGGAGGAAAUUUGACUUUGUGUCUGCCAGCUGCUGCUGACAGUGAUCAGUGUGUUUGCAUAACACCUCAGAAUUCACAGUGAGCUCUGAGCUGAGAUCAGCCAUGACAGAGUCAGCAGGUGUGUGUGUUGCCAUGGAUACCAGCUGCACUUGUAAUGGUGUUAUAAGUUAUGUUAAAAUGCUGUUAAAAACAAAUGUGAAUUUGUGUAAUGUAAUAUGAGUUCUGUUAAAAUGCUGUGAAUAUGUUAAAAUACUAAGGGACAGAAUGUUUUAAUUCAUGAAAGUAUUUGGUUAAAAAUAACAAUUCAUGAAAGGUUAAAAAAAGAUCUAAAGUGAAAUUCAUAGUAGUUGAUCAAAUUAUCUGUUAUCCAUUGCUUUGGUCUCCCAGGCAGACACCCAGUGUUGAGCCAAAGAUGGUUAAUCUGUGUGUUAAACAAUUAAUUUCUGAUAUUGUUUUGAAAUAUGUAUUUGGGUCUUACUUGACAAUGUUUUCUGCAGUGUUUUUGCUCCUACAAGCUUAUUUCUUUGAGAAUUGUUUAUGAUCAGGUUUUGAUUACUCAUGCCUGAGCCCUGUGGAGGGAAACGCGCUGCUUCCGUCCAUCCAUUAAUACACGGGAUGUGACUGAGGAAACAGCGUGUCUUUGUGUUCACUUUAUUAUUCCCCUUCACAGGUGAGAAAUGAUAAUGAUGAUGCAUUUGUCAGAUCAUAUGUGUUUUCUGUUUGUUAAGAAAGACAUGUGGAGUAAAACACUGAUGUCUGUAGUGACUUUAAGAGUGAAGGAAGAGUUAAAUGUAAGUGGAUGUGACACUCAUUGUUGUUCCUUUCGACUGCAUGGUGGCGUAAAUAGCAUUAUUUCUGAGCCAUAUUUGUAGUUUUACUGUGCAAUGUUGAGCAUUUGAAUAAUAUGUGAUUGAUGGGGAAAUGUGUUUCAUGUGUUUAUAAAUGAUAUUUUCUGUUAACAGUACAAUGUUAUUUUUCUGGCAAUGUUUAAUUUUGAGGAAUUCAUUAAUACAGGGGAUGUGAC